GAUCUGAAGCUACGAAUAAUGCUCUUGCUCCUUCCGCUAAACGAACAUAUGCUAGCAAGAUAAUUGGCUGGCUUGUGCUACUGCUUUACAAGAACUCCGGUAAUCUUAAUAAAGGCCAUGAAGAUGAAGCCAACCAAAAUUGUCUUUCGUCCGUAUAUCCUUCUCGAAGUAUAUUGCAAUCAAGUACAUUGUUACAAGGUGAAGAAUCUAAUGGACGAAAACAUGCUCAUGAGACGACACAUUCUACUAAUAUGUCAGAAGAGUCGAGACAAAGUGCUUGUAGGCAAACAAAUGAGCAAGUUGAAGCAUUGCGUGCAUGUGAUAGGGCGCGUUAUGCAAAUAUGACACCCGGACAAAGAAAAGCAAGACGAGACCAUGAAAACGUCCGUCGCUCAUUGCAGCGUAACAACCCAAGUCAUGAAUCAAGACAAGUUUUAACAAUGGAGAAAAUUGAAGCAAGGCACGCAUGUGAUAGGGCGCAGUAUGCAAAUGUGACACCUAAGCAGAAGAAAGCAAGGCGAGAUCGUGAAAACGCACGCCGCGCACUGCGACGCAAUACCCCAAUUCUGGAGACCAUUGCGAUGAAAAACACCAUGGACGAUCCAGUGGACAAUCCCCUUCUCGUUAGCAUAUCUGUCCCAGUUGAACCCAUAAAAGAUAGUGAUUGUGCUACUCUUGCUAGCGAGGGUUACCCUAUGGACAUUCAUGCUUCUUCAAAGCAGAGUCAGGGAACCAUGUCACAAGAGCAAACACAAUCUAGGCAUGAUCAACAAAAUGCUCACAAGCAAGCAAGGCGUGCACGUGAUAGGGCACGCUAUGCAAAUAUGACACCGAUGCAGAGGCAAGUAAGGAGAGAUCGUCAAAACACGCAACGGGCAUUGCGAAGCAACACCCCAUGUAAGGAGUCCAUUGCGAUGGUAAAUCUUUUGUGGCAAGAUUAAUGUGGAGGGGUUUGGUUGCUUUCAAGGGGAGAGAUGGUGUACCAUAGCAUGAUCGUGUGGAAGACACCCGUAACUUCAUGAUGGGAGUAGAACUUGCUACUAGUUGGUUGUGUGGUGUUAUUUUGUGUUAACUUCACUCAGUCAACUAUAUUAUCUCGUGAAAUUUUUUAUUCAUGUUGCAAUGUACAGACAUUUAACUA